ACAGCUCACCUGUCGAGUGGCAUGUAAUCAACACGAUCCUUACAAUACUCGAGUGGCAUGUAAUCAAGACCAGCGCCAGCACUAUAGACACCACCAGCAGGGCAGGCCUGGAGAUGGUAGAUUAACGCAGGGGCAGCCAUGGAGAAGGAGACGGCGCCGCCGAUGGAGCUGGAGAUCCCCGGCGAGUGCCAGUACGCCGGCGGCGAGCCGGCGGUGGUGCGCCCGAGCCAGCCCACGCCGCGGCACACCCUGUACCUCUCCAACCUCGACGACCAGCGGUUCCUCCGCUUCUCCAUCAAGUACCUCUACGUCUUCGCCGCCCCCGCCGCGGUGUCCGCCGACGCGCUGAGGGCGGCGCUCUCCCGGGCGCUCGUCGACUACUACCCGCUCGCCGGCAGGCUCAGGCCCAGCGACGACGACGAGGGGAAGCUCGUCGUCGACUGCAAUGCGGAAGGGGCGCUCUUCGCCGAGGCGUACCUGCCGGGGCUCACCGCCAGCGAGUUCCUCCGUGCCCGAGCCAGGCCGCACAAGUCCUGGAGGAAGCUACUGUACAGGGUGGAGGCGCAGAGCUUCGUCGCCGUGCCACCUCUCGUCGUCCAAGUCACUCGGCUGGGCUGCGGCGGCAUGAUCCUCUGCACGGCCAUCAACCACAGCAUCUGCGACGGAAUCGGCACCGCGCAGUUCCUCCAGGCCUGGGCGCGCGCCGCCCGCGCCGACCACCACGACGACGACGCACUCGCGCCUUCGCCCUUUCACGACCGCCACGCCCUGCGCCCGCGCUGCCCGCCGCGCGUCGUCUUCACGCACCCCGAGUACUGCAACGUCAGCGCCACAGGCAACGGCAACGACACCGGCCUCCUGGCCCGGCUGAUCGGCCAGCCUCUGGUGCCCGUGUCGCUCACCUUCACGGCGGCGCACCUCCUCCGGUUGAAGCGCCAGUGCGCGCCGUCGCUCAAGUGCACCUCCUUCGAGGCGCUGGCCGCGCACGUCUGGCGCGCGUGGGUGCGCGCCCUGGACCCGCCCGGCGCACUCCCCGUGAAGCUGCUCUUCUCCGUGAACGUGCGGCGGCGCGUGAAGCCCGAGCUGCCUCGGGGCUACUACGGCAACGGGUUCGUGCUCGGGUGCGCCGAGUCGACGGCGGCGCAGCUGACGUCCUCCUCGCCCUGGAGCGCGCGCUACGUGGUGCGGCUGGUGCAGGAGGCGAAGGAGUGCGUGGACGACGACUACGUGCGGUCCAUGGUGGACCUCCUCGAGGAGCGGCGCGGCGCGAGGCCGGACCUGGCGGCGAGCCUGGUGAUCUCGGCGUGGACGCGGCUGGGACUGGAGGAACUGGACUUCGGUGCGGGGACGCCGGCGCACAUGGGCCCACUCACCAGCGAGAUCUACUGCGUGUUCCUCCCUGUGGCCGGCGGCGACCCACACGGCGUCACCGUACUCGUCUCCGUCCCGCAGGCCGCCGCCGACAGGUUCCAGCAUUGCUGCCUCGUAUUCCUCACGGACACCGACGUGGACGCAAAGCUGAGCUGAGCUAGCUUUUCGACGAGUUGUUUCCAAUGUCAGACAUAAUUACGUGUACUAAUUACUCCGAUCUACAUGGUUGAAUGGACCGAAUCCGAUAAUGCAUGCAUGUACACUCGAGUAGUAAACUCCUCUGUGUUGUCGUAGAGCACACUUCUGUGUGAUGAUCGACUAGCUCGCCACGCUCCUACGAACGAAAUUCUGUAGGUGAGUCAUUUAAAGGAUCUG